CUUGACAGGGAGCCAGCAGCUGAUUGUAGACCCCCCCCCCCCCCAAUCACCGUAUAAAGAGGCGGGUGGGGAGCGCUCUCAUCUCAAUCCGCAAGCUUCCCCGAGCCUCCUUCACCCGUCUCGGCUGCCUGCGAGCUCCUUCGAUUCCUUCCCAUCUCAAGGCGAGCGGCGAUCUGAGCGAGCGCGAUGUCUGACCUGGAGGGCUGCAUGACGACGCUGAUCGCCGUCUUCCACGCCUACUCGGGCAAGGAGGGCGACAAGUACAAGCUGAACAAGGGCGAGCUCAAGGACCUGCUCACCAACGAGCUCAGCGGAUUCCUCGGGAGUCAGAAGGACGCGGCCGCCGUGGACAAGGUGAUGAAGGACCUGGACUCCAACAAGGACGGCGAGGUCGACUUCCAGGAGUUCAUCAUCCUCGUGGCGGCGCUCACCGUGGCCUGCAGCGACUUCUUCAAGGAGUACCUCGAGAGCGCGGGCAAGAUCUGAUUGGUGGAGCAGACCGGCCUCCUCCUCCUCCUCCUCCGUCAACAUCCCAUCGUCUCUUCUGCUUCCACUCCUUCACCUCGUCCACCACCACCACCACCACCACCACCUUCUCUCUCUCCUCCUCCACCACCUCCUCCCACUUCACUUCCUCCUCCACAUCUCCCAACACCACCACUACCUCCAUCACCACCACCACCACCACCACCACCUCCUCCUUCCAAAACUCGUACCCUCUUCUCACCCGACUCCUCUUCCUCCAUCACCACCUUCUCAUUUCACUCCUCCUGCUCCUCUCAAAACCUCCAUGGCCCCCCGCGACAGCCCCCCCCCCCACUCGGAGUCGCCCUGUGCCACACGCGGCGCGCUGGAGGAGGGAGUGGCGACCCUGAGAGGUGUCCGCAAAUUCCAUGACGGGUGGGCGGCGUGGGUGCGAGUUGGGUGUCUCAUAUCGCGUCGAUGAUUCGUUUUGUUUACUUCACACGAACUCUGCGACGUCGCUUCUCCACAGUUCCCCCCUCUCCACCACGGCCCCCCCACCGUGUUGCCCACGCGCCGCGACACCCCCCCCUUCUACUCCCCCCCUUCCGCGCCCCCCCCCCCACCGCCUCUGUUGUCGAGGAGCUCAGCAAUAAAAACCUCGCUCAGUG